AUGUUGAGGGCUCGCGGCGCGCUGAGGGCCAGCGAGAUACUUGGAACAGGGGAAGCCAAUCAGGGCGAUUCAGAGUUGAAAGAUAAGGACACCCAGAAAGAAACACAAGACCCAUUCAGAGCAUUUAAGAACGACAUUGAGGCGAGAAAGCAUACUGGAAAAGCCAGACUGCAAGAACUGGACGCAGACAGAAGGAUACAGCAGGAACAAAAACUCGAGGAAGAAGGAGCAAACCAACGGACUCAAAUGUGGGGAGCCACACAGAGAGACGUGGAACAGGAGAAGGGCAAGCAAAAAGAGGAGCCGCCUCCCGUUGGCAACACGAAGCCGCAGAAAGAGGGAAAGCGCGAACAGCAAGAGCCAGUGCAGGCACCUGACGUUGACAGAAAGCUACAAAAGGACGAGCGAAGGACCGUGGAGAAGGCGGCAGAGCAGCCGGAUUCCGUUGGCACAUCCGGACGGCCGAGAAAUGGGAGCUCUAAGGCCAAAAAGGAUGCUGUGGUUUUGCGACAGCACAUCGGCAGUGUAGAACGCGUCACAUUGCUUCCUCAGGGAGAAGGGCAAGAAACGAAAAUAGCUGAAGGUUUCAAAGCUGCAACGACAGUGUCUCCUGAGCAUUCUAACACCGGAGCUCGCAUCCAGGUUGAGACUUCCAGAAAGCUACAGACGGCAUCUGGAGGCCCUGACGAUCGUCAAGGCAACAAAGGAGGCCUCGGAAGUCGUAAAUCUGCUUCAACAAGAAAUGUUUCUGCUUCUUCUGGGAUACAAAAGCCCUCGUCCUCUGGAGAGCACCUCGACGAGGCAAUCCAGCCAACGGGGAGGAUAAGCAGUGGUCAGAGACAAACCAACAGUAGCUUUACUCUUCUUUCAACUCCAAUGGACGCCGCCCCCUCUGAGGCUCGCGAGACAAAGAGCCGUAGCGAAACGUCUGCAUUAGCCUAUGUAGGGGCUUUCUCUGCACCUGAUUCUACAGCAGCGAAAAAGGCUUCUUCAGGAGCUCAGGUUACCGAGCAGGCAGCUACUCAAUCAGAGGCACAUCUAGAGUCGAAACGAUCCGGUGGCGCACUUACCAACAGGCCUGUGGGUGUCGCUCCAAAGGAUGCAAGCUCUACAGGCUCUUAUACAGUAGAUGGCAGCGGGAAAGGUCUGGCACCGUUGGGCCCUCGGUUCGCAGGCAAGCCUACUAGUGAAAGUAGCCCCCUGGAGCAGAAUAAGCAGGCUGGGCCAAAAGGGCAGCUUCGCGAAUCUAAGAAUAGGAACCUUCACUCUGCCAGCGCACAAGACGGUUUGAGUGGCCUUCCGACUGCAAAGGAAUCUUGCAAUCCUGAGGGUUCCCCACCUCAUGGAUUCGAGGGCCGUAGCGAAGGCAGAGCUUCCUUGACGGUGGCAGCAAAGCGCUCGGAAAAAGAUGCAAAGGAGACAGGCACUCAGAAGCUGCCUGGAAGGAAGCAGGAAAUUGAGUGUCUCGCAAAACAAGAGGCAAAGCUAUCAGGUAUGGAAAACACUGCUACCGCACACAAAACAGCAGCAGCGCCUCCUCGUGAGUCUAAGGGUGGCCCUCCCACCUCUACAGCUCUAUCCGCCGCUGCCUCUGGGGCGUCGCAUUCAAGACAGGAAGAUCAGCCAGCAGCAACUGCGUCUAAGCAGCUGGCACCGAAAGCGGCACAAGCAAGGAAUUUUAGAGAGGGCAAGGACGCGCAUUCCGUCUCGGAUGAUGAGGAAGCCGUCGAAACUAACGCUGAAGGGACUAAAUGGUUGCGACCCAUAACGAGACGCAAGUGGACCACUGAUUACUUGGCUGGUCAUCAUGUUACGGAACGAAGUGGGGUGAUAAUGUUUUGA